GCAAGAUAUGCAUGGGCUCCAUGUCUCGAUGACCGAUGGCGAAGUGUUUGCUGAGGCCAUCCAAAGGGACGAAGAAUGGCGAGCGCCAACCAGGUGCCCGGCGAGCGCUCUUCACUUUGUCCUGCAUCAAUGCGUUGAACUUCGCGGAUCGCUACGUGCCAGCUGCUGUGAAGACUUCUAUGGAGGAGGAUUUGAAGAUCAACGACUGGCAGAGCGCUUUGCCUUCCAUGGCUAUGACCGCAGUCUUCACUGUGGCCUCGCUGAUCUUCGGUCUGUUGGCUGACAGAGAAGUCCUCGACCGAAGGAUCAUCUUGGCCUCGGGCAUCGCAUUUUGGUCCUUUGCCACCGCGCUCAGUGGCUUUGCCCAGGACUUGCAGCAACUCAUUUUGUUCCGCUCCCUAGUGGGUGUUGGAGAGGCAUCUUUUGCAACCGUCGCAUCUCCAAUGAUUACGGACUUUUAUCCAGGGCCGCAACGCAACCGCGCCUUCACCAUCUUUGGUCUCAGCGCUCCAGUGGGAGCAGCAAUUGGUUUUGGCAUUGGGUCAAUGUUGGGCGCACAUCUGGGUUGGAGGUAUGCCUUUUUUGUUUGCGGCUUCCCUGGUGUCAUGGUGGCCUUCACUGUGCUGCUGCUCAAUGACCCUCCCAUGGGAAUCAACGAUUCGGAGGAGCUGAAUGAUGAUGCGGACACCGAGUCAGAGUCGGAGUCGUCUGAAAAUGAAGCUCCGCGAAAAUGGUUCCACGAGGAGAAGCAGCUAUUGGGCAACAAGUAUUUCUUCCUGGCAACGAUGGGAUCUGUUGCCAUUCAAUUCGCAUUGGGAGGUCUGACGGAGUGGUACCCAACCUUUUUGGUUCGCUUUGCGGAGAUGCCCGAAUCCAUGUCGGGGCUGGUGCUGUCUUCAUCCUGUGUGUUGAGCGGCAUCGGUGGCACUGUGUUGGGCUCCAAAGUGGCCGACUCCGUGGCGCGGAGGAUUGGAAGCGGUGCUUACUUUCUGGUCCCGGCUGUCUUCAUGGUGCCAGCCACAGCUUUGGUAGCAGCUGCUGUGAACUUGAAGGAACAAGCGCCUUUGAUCGUCGCCUUGCUUAUGGGAGAGACCUGUUUCUUUUCGUAUCAGGCACCUAUCACUGCCCUUUCAAUGUCAGUGAUCCCGGUGCACACGCGAGCCCGGGGCUCCUCACUCCAGAUUUUGCUGUGCCACGUCCUGGGGGACGUCAUCAGCCCCCCCAUCAUUGGCAAGAUCUCUACAGCAGCGAGUCUGCGAACAGGGUUGCAGCUGACCUGGGUUGCUGUGCUUGUGGCUGGUGCCAUCUGGGCCGCAGGCUUUGCUUGUCUCGCUGCGCCAGACAUUCCGAUCAAGCCUAAGAGCAAUGACCAAGGGACAUUGAGUUCCCUGCUGACGCGUGGCAUGAGCUGCCUCGAGAACUAUUGUGCCGACGACGACAACGAUGAGCCCAACAGGGCACCAAACCGUUCUGAUUGUGACACAGAUGAGGAGAAAGGAGAUGUUUUCGGGUGAGCUGACGCGUAGCUGACAGGUCUGACACAUGGAGCCUUCAUGAGUG